GACGCAGUCCGCGUCCCCCAUUUGCGUGUUUACAAUAACAAACCGUAUGGCCACAGGAAAACCCACUUUUACAGUCGGGAUUUCACAGCCGGAGAGAGGAGACGGUAAAAGGACGAAGCCGUUUCGUCCGCUGGCUGUCAAGGAGUCGAGACGCCGCGCCUCUCUCUCUCUCUCUCUCUCUCUCUCUCUCUCUCUCUCUCUAUUAGGAUGGCAUAGAAAGGGUGAGAGCUGUUAUCGAUUCCUUUCAAACAUGGUUCGUAACUGAUUCGGAGCUUUCAAUCGAAAACCCGCACAACCUUUUCUCAUAUACAAAGGAAAGGUGCAAAACUCCCGGAAUUUUCGACAGAGGGAAACGCGUUUCUUGUAUCUUGCUUCAAGCAUACAACCGUCGAGUUUUCUUCGAGGAAAGAAAAGAAAGGAAAAACACCGUACGCUGCAAGAGCCCUUCGCUGGUCAUCUGGCCGGAAACAGAGGAACAGGAAAGAAGAAAACAGAGGAAGAGCAUUUACUAUUUGGAAAUUCCAGAAAGAAUCUCCAAGUCGUCUGUGGGUCUUUUGAAAAGAAUUAAAAAUAAAUAAAUCUUUUGACGGGUUCUUCAGAAGUCCUCUUUUUUGUUUUUGGGCGUAUAGGAUUUUCUAAAAUCCUCGUCUGGAUUUUCUUUCAUUUUUAAUCCGCAAUAGACGGAGUCUGGGAUUUCUGACAUCGAAGGGCAUUGUUAGGAUUAGAAGCGCGGUUUAAUUCCCUUUGCUGAUUCCUCCCUUAAAAUCAGCCGUCCAAAGUCAAAAAAUAGAAUUUUUGUGGACCGAUUUCUUCUCCUCUCCUCUCCUUUAAAAAGCAAAAAGAACCCAACAGUCUCUCUCUCUAGAAAAUCAAGCGUCAGUCCCUAAAGGGCCUCUCCCUCUCUCUCUCAAUGAUGCCCACUCAGAGAGGAUCAAGGCAAUCAAACCUGGAAUGCUUCCUCGACUCCUCCACGCCAAUCGUUCCAUCCCAGUUUCUUCCCAAGACGUCUAUGAGAAAUCUUAAUCGACUUUGGCAUCCAUGGGAGAGAGAAACCAUCGAGUAUUUCACAUUGGAAGAUCUUUGGGGUUGUUAUGAUGAAUGGAGUGCAUAUGGAUUGGGAGCUCCAAUCAUUUUGAAUGAUGAAGAGACCGUUGUUCAGUACUAUGUUCCGUAUCUCUCUGCAAUCCAGAUCUAUUCCAGCGGUCGGUCCUUGGUCAAUAUCAGGAGUUUUAGAGAAGAGAGCGAGACAUGUGAUUACGAGACAAGGGAUUCAUUCAGUGAUUCCUGCAGUGAGGAGAGCGAGAGCGAGAAGCUGUGGAGAUGGGAUGGAGGUUCUUCGAUGGACUGUGGGCUUGAGCAAGAGAGCCUGUGGCAUUUGAGUGAUAGGCUGGGUUUUCUAUACUUCCAAUACUUCGAGAGAUCGGCUCCAUAUGCAAGGGUCCCUUUCAUGGAUAAGAUCAAUGGAUUAGCCCGACGAUUUCCAGGAUUAAUGACCUUAAAGAGCGUUGAUCUUUCACCUGCUAGCUGGAUGGCAGUGGCCUGGUAUCCCAUUUAUCACAUUCCCAUGGGGAGAACUGUAAAGGACUUGUCCGCGUGUUUCCUCACUUACCACACUCUUUCAUCUUCCUUCCAAGAGAUUGGCCCUGAAGGAGAGGCCGAAAGUGAUGAAAAGAAGCCAAAGGAAGAAGGGAUAGCUCUCCCUCCCUUUGGUCUGGCGACUUACAAGAUGCAUCGGAGCUUGUGGGCCUCGAGCGAUAGCGGUGGGGAUCAGGAAAGGUUGUUGUCCCUGUUGAGUGCAGCAGAUUCGUGGCUAAAGCAGCUGAGGGUCCAGCACCAUGAUUUUAAUUACUUUGCUGGAAUUCGCCAUGGAUAAACCAAGAGCCCUAAUUUGUCCAUUUCUGUGAAGUAGAGGCUUUCUUGCUGCAAUGGUUUUGGUGGGACCUUUGUUAAAAGAAAUGUAGGUAUGAUUGUAUGUAUGAUUGUUAUGCUUUCCAGAAGAGACGAGCAAGCAUGGGCCCCAGUCUGGACCACCUACAGAUUGGAGAGAGAAUAUGCCAAUGUUGUUUUCUGAUUUAGAGGGAAUAUGUUGGGUUUCUGUGAAGGUGUGGGCUCUUUUUUCUUUGGGCUGAGGGAAUAUGGGUCCAGCUGUUGGAGAAUGCGAUUGAUGCUGGAGAGAGAGAGAGAGAGAGAGAGAGAGAGAGAGAGAGCUCCUGGCUCUUAAAGCUGUCCAACUUUGGUCGAUGAUACUUGUUCUCAUCUUUGGAGCCACAAGAGAUGUAUUUUGUACUCUUUUCUGCAUCCGAGCAUAUUUACAUAAGCAUGUGGGAAAUGUUAAAAUCUCACAGGCACGGGAGGGAAAGAUACCAACAUGCAAUGUGCAACCCUUCACACAUCAAUCUCUGUGUGAAUGCACCUUUUCCUCACCUGGGGAACGUGAGAUUAGCAGUUCUCUAAAGACUUGUGUGCUUUCUAUUUUCCUUGGGCCCGUUUGGGAGCUUGGAAAAUAGGAGAGAAGGUGACUUUUUCUUUUAAAGUGUAAGCAUUUGGAGAGAAGUAAAAACUAGCAGGGUUGGAAAAAUCUUUUGGGGCUUUUUCCAUUAAAACACAUUCUUGGAAAAUGUUUUCCACCAAAAGGUGAACUCCCAAUAGGGGGAAAUGUGAUUUUCUUCUCCACCCAAAUACUUUCCAGGCUCACAAACAAUCCCUAAAAAUUUUUAGUUCCUUAAUGCAUAUGUACGCAUGCUUCUUAUUUAAUAUAUUUGUUCGAGUACUUAUCCUA